CUGCCAAAACGUACAUUAUUUAUGUAUGUACCCCCUACAUGAUGAGCCUUCCCAUGUGUGUCGCCAUUCUCUUAAGGCGCCACCUACAACAAAAGCUGUAUGCCAUCGCUCUACAACCAUGACCGUAGACUGAAGGCUAUGCAAUUUUUGUUUGUUGGCAAUAUCACCAUGUGGCCUAUCUACGACCUGUAUCUUGCCAUCCCUACCCGAAACCAUAAUCAUCAUCUCAUCAUGCCUGUUCUUUACAUGCUUGGUCCUUUUCCUACUCAAGAUUUCCCUUGACAUUUUAGGAUGUGCUAGGCUCAAGGGUAACACCACUAGGGAGACAUUC